AUGUUUAAAUUAAGUUUAAUAAUUAUAUUUUAUUUAUUUAUUUUAAAUAUUAUUGAUAGUAUAGAUGCAUCUACUAUCACGAAAGUUGUAGUUCAAAAUCCUAAUGUCAUUGCACCUAAAACAGGAGUAUGUUCAACAGCUCUCAGUAUAUCAGUUGAAAGUAGUUUCUUGAUAGAAUAUGCAGAUUUCACAAUUGAAUCUACAGUGUUUGCAACUAUUCUUCAAAAAUUAGAUGCCUACCGAAAUGGAGAUAGUCAAAUGUUUGUUUUCCAACUAAGCUUGUUUAACGCUAUAGAAGCAGACCACAAUGCAACAAUAUUCCUAUCAAGAGCAGCAAUACCAAAUUUCCCAAAUGAAACAUACUUUAUAUUUCCAAUCCAAUGUAAAGCAUUCUCAUUAAAUCAAUUUAGUAUUGUUUCUCAAGGAGUACCAAAAUAUAAUGAAUAUAAUGGCAUUAUUCAAGCGUUCCAAUUCAAUUUCGAUACCUCUAUCUAUUUAACAUUCUCUAGUUUUUUCUAUAAUAUUGCCUGUGUUACAAAUGGACCUUUCAACUGUGGAAUAAGAAAAUGGCUAGCCAGAGAUUAUAAUUCUUAUAUAAUGACCAUUACCUUCAACCAAAACCAAGUUUUUGAAGAUGAUACGAUCAAUGUUCAAAUUAUAUUUGCUUCAGCAAAUUCAUCUUUCAAUAUUACAGUUCCUAAUCUUUAUCCUCACGCACCAAGAACAUCAGUUCUUCAAUCUUUUCAAACAUACCCAGCACCUGGUGGAAGUUAUAUUCAGAGUCAACUUUUAGAAUCAUUAGACUCUUUUUUUAUUAUGCCAUUUACCAACUUUAAUUCAAGAAUCUACGCUUAUAUAGCUAAUCUUAGAACAAUGUUUCAUCCAUUCUUAAUGAUACGUAUAAUUAUUCAUUCACACAAUUUGAGUACUCUCAUGUUUGGACCGAUUUCCUUAACUAUGAGCAAUUGGAGUCCAUACAGCAGUAUAAAUGGAAAAUAUAUUUAUAAAUUGGAAACACCUUUCAUUCGAUCAACAACAUCUGAUACCUCAUUCCUUAGCUCGUUAGAUAUACGCUAUGGAUCAUCUUUUACUAGUUUUUCACAAUUGACCAACCAAAUUCCGCAAUUAUAUGAAAUAGAUUUAAUUGAUUUCAAGAUUGUUUCUGUAUUUACUGUUUUGGUUAGAAUAAGGUUGCUAUCAAACUAUGCAGUUACGACAAUCAAUAUUGCUGGAAAAAUACUUACAAUAAAUAACCUCAUCGAUGGAGAUCAAUAUAAUGGUACAUAUGAAAUGGAAAUCUUCCCUUUCGUGACCAAAGAUUUUCCUAUUGCGAUAUCCAACACAAACUAUCAAAGUAUCAUUAUCUAUACAAAAUUACCUUAUAACAAGAGAGGUGAUAUUCUUCCAGAAAUUCCAGUAUACAAAAAUUUAUACUCAAAUAUAUACAUGAAUAUAACAUACUUUGAAUUCAUCCCAAACAAUAUCGAUUUGACAACAAGUGUAUUGGAUAUUAAAUUGUAUUUGAACUUCUCGAUUCCAUUGGAGAACUUGACACCAUCCAUUCUUCUCUCCUCAUUACAAGGACCCAGAAUAUAUUGGAAAGGAUCUUAUAACACGAGUUUACAAUUGUUUGAAAUAGAUAUUCAGUUACAGAGAGAUAUGAUGAUGGGAUCACAACAAUAUCAAAUGGAUUUCAAUCAAAUGUUUUCAAACAAUAUUCAAGACUAUAUAUUACAAUCGGUUAUUGGUAAAAAUGCCACUUUAAACAUAUCUAAAUCAAAUGGAGGAAUAUAUUUAUCACCACAAAUUACAGAUAUAAAUAGUUUAACAGCUCUCAAUUUAACAUUACUUCCAAACACAAGUUAUACUCUUGGAUGGGAUUUAAAUAUCACAGAUCCAUAUGGAUUCACAAAUGGAAGUCUUUAUGUUCUUUCAAAUUUCGAUUUACUUCCUUAUAUCAUUCUAUUCAACUCAUCCAACAGAAUAUCUGGUGGACCAACCGAUGGAGUCUAUCGAAUCAACUUUACAAUCAACAGCAAUACACUUUCACAAACAUUUAUAAUGUCAAAUAUCACACUUUUAAGUACAAUCGGAAAGUUACAAUAUCCAACACCACCUUUAAUGUUAAUUUAUGGAACUCCAAAAGAACAACAAUUAAGAUUAUCUGUCGUUUCUACUUCUGACCUUAAAGAUAUAGAAGCACCAAUUCUUUCAAAUUUAAUUAUUUCACCAAAUGUUGAUGUUGGAUCUCCAAUCAGAACGGUUGAAUUUAAUAUUAUACUUUUUGAAAAUGUUACAGGAUCAGGUGUUUCAAUUCGACACACACCAUUCAUUCGUUUAACAUCAGAGAAUGCCAACUAUAUGGAAAUUAAUUCAAUUUUCAAGACAACAUCUGGUGAUGGGUAUUAUUACUUUUAUGGAAAAGCUCAACUUCCAUAUGGAUUUGGUUUGAAUAAUAUCUUUGUCAGUGUCUAUUCAAUUUAUGAUAAUUUCUUGAACAUGAGAGCUUAUAAUUCAAUGGAUUUAAAGGAUCUAAGCUUACCAUACCUGAUUCAAAGAUCAUUUACAUUUAAUACACCAACCAUCGAGAGUUCAUCAGAUCUUACCAGUCGAGGAGGUUCACUUACAAUCUAUGGACGUGCAUUUGGACUCACAAACAACUCCAUGCUUUCACAAAUCGAUUAUGGAAAUGGAUUUGAAGAUAUGAAUUUAAAUUUCCAUUCUGGAAUCAUUUUGCAAUUCAACAACAUCAAACAAAUCACACCGGAUUUCGUGACAGUCAGAGUGAUCAGAAAUAAUAUAUUUUCAAAUCCAUUCAUUAUUCCAGUCAAGAAAGUUUCACUUCCAAAUCCAACAUCAACACCAACAUCAACAGCUCUACAAAAGUGUCCAGGUACACCAGAGUGUAAUAAUAAUGGAAAUUGUAUCAAUUCAAUUUGUCAAUGUCAAUUACCUUGGUAUGGUCCAUCAUGUUCUUCAAAGAUUAUAAUUGUUCCAACACCUCCUGCCAAUCCAGAACCAGUCACAGGAACCAAUAUUACAGAAUCAGGAUCAUUGAUUACAACAUCUAUUGAAAUCAUCGGUAUCAGAGAACUUGAUGAUACAAUGAAUAUUGUCAAACAAUUCAACAUCAGCAAUUGGAAUUUCACAGAUUUAACAACACCAACAUCGAAUCCAAAGUAUUUCUAUUCAACACAACUCAAUCAAACAACAACAUUCCUCAAUGUUUCGAUUGAAUAUUUCAAACAAUCAACAAACAUCACAUUUGCCAAUCACAAUCUUUACAUUCCACAAUCAACAAUCAAGUUUACGAUGAACUUGAAUUCAUAUAAAUUCGAUAAUCCAUUGAAUUUCUUGCAGAUCUUGAUGAAAUCAUCGAUUGAAACAGAUUCAUCAGAUUCAUGUUCAUCAUCUGGAGUUGGUGUUUCUGGUGGAUCUGUUGAAUGGAUCAAAUUGAAUAUUGAUAAUCAAAGUCUUUAUGGUCGAUUCUUAUCUGAUGCAGUCAUCGAUUACACAGUAACACCAAUUCAGAAUGUAAUCAUUGACCAAGAUGACACCAAAUCAAAUACCAAUCAAAUUCGAUCAGCAAUCGUUGGAAUCACCAUUCCAAAUCAUUUAUUCUCAGUCGAUUUGGAUCCUGACUUUUCAAAUCUCAUUGAUGUCGAUUCAAGUGAUACAUCUGACUUUAUUUGUUCAAAGAAGAAUCGAUUAUCAAAUGGAGCUAUUGCAGGUAUUGUUGUCGGAAUUGUUGUAUUUGUGAGUAUUGUAAUUGCAACAACAUUCUUUUUAGCAAUAAUACUUUGGACUUCCAAGAACAACAAAUAUUAUGGAGCUAUUGGAGGUACAAGAGAAGGUUGCGCAAUUAGAGGAGCAGAUAAAUUCUUUAAAAGUUAUAUUGGAAAGUGCAAAGACUAA